GAGGAAGGCCACACCGGAAACAGCGCGCGCAGCAGAUCUGCAGCAGAAAUGGCGGCGUCCGUUUGCCGAGUCGGGAGCACUGUGGGUCGAGUCCUCGCAAAAACACGCAGUCCGAUCCUAUUGUCUUUGAGGCGUGGACAGGCAUCUGUCAGUUAUGCCCAAAGUUUGGUCGGUGCUCCUGAAACCAGACUGACGGCACUGGACAAUGGCCUAAGGAUUGCAUCAGAGGACACAGGGCAUGCCACCUGCACUGUGGGGCUCUGGAUUAGUGCUGGCAGUCGCUAUGAAAGUGAAAAAAACAAUGGAGCUGGAUUUUUCCUGGAGCACAUGGCUUUCAAGGGAACCAAGAAACACUCUCAGUCUGCACUGGAGCAGAAGGUUGAGUCCAUGGGAGCCCAUCUGAGUGCAUAUACUUCCAGAGAGCACACUGCAUACUACAUGAAAACACUGUCCAAAGACUUGCCCAUUGCGGUGGAAUUGCUGGCUGAUGUUGUGCAGAGCUGCUCACUUAAUGAGGCUGAUAUCGAACAGCAGAGGACCACAGUGCUUCGUGAGCUGGAGGAGGUUGAAGGAAACUUACAAGAGGUGUGCUUGGACUUACUCCAUGCUACAGCCUUCCAGGGCACUCCGUUGGGACACAGUGUACUAGGGCCUUCAGGCAAUGCCAGGAGUCUGACUCGUCAGGACCUUGUGGAUUACAUUAACAGCCAUUACAAAGCUCCACGUAUGGUGUUGGCUGCUGCUGGAGGAGUAAGCCACGAGGAGCUUGUUGGAUUGGCAAAUUCUCAUUUAAGUGGAGUGUCAUUCGAAUAUGAAGGUGAUGCUGCUCCAGUUCUUUCGCCUUGCAGAUUCACUGGAAGUGAGAUUUGUAUGCGUGAUGAUGCUCUUCCUCUGGCUCACGUUGCAAUUGCAGUGGAAGGUGCCAGUGCUACCAGUCCAGACAUAGUACCUCUGAUGGUGGCUAAUUCAAUCAUCGGCAGCUAUGACCUCACCUAUGGGGGUGGCAAGAAUCUGAGCAGCCGUCUUGCUCGACUAUCGGUGGAGGAGAAAUUGUGUCACAGUUUCCAGGCCUUCCACUCUUCCUACAGUGACACCGGCCUGCUGGGUAUUUACUUUGUGACGGAUAAGCACUGCAUUGAAGACAUGAUGCACUGGUCUCAGAAUGCCUGGAUGAACUUGUGCACCACAGUGACAGAGAGUGAUGUAGCCAGGGGGAAGAUUGCUCUCAAGGCCAGUCUGGUUGGACAACUAAAUGGAACAACGCCAAUUUGUGAUGACAUAGGCAGACACAUUCUUAACUAUGGCCGUCGUAUUCCUCUGGCUGAGUGGGAUGCUCGAAUUGAUGCUGUGACCCCCAAGAUGGUACGUGAUGUCUGCACCAAAUAUAUCUAUGACAAGUGUCCAGCUGUUGCAGCUGUUGGUCCUGUUGAACAGCUUCCAGACUACAACAGAAUUCGCAGUGCUAUGUACUGGCUUAGGUUUUAAGAGGUUUUAUUGUUUUGCUCCCUCUGUUAUUCUCCUCCUCUAGUCCAAAAAUUAUAUUGGAAACAUUGGUAAAUUAUCAUAACUUUAUCUACAGCCACUAAUCCAUCUUCAAAAGUUAAAAUCCAUGUAUGCCUUUAGUCAAAUGUAAGGCAGGGCAGUGUUUCAGAUGUCCACAAUGAAGAGGCAUCUAUGAAAUGUCACAGUACACCUAUCCAUUUAUCAAAGGAGGAACAGUUUAUUUAUGACUGUAAUGUUGUUUGUCCACUAUUGUACAUACAGAAGCAAUCAGACAAAAAUAAAAAUAUCCUGACAUUU